GUCCGACACGAAGGAAGAUGGCACACAGAAGACGAAUUCUUCUUCGGUGAAACUGAAAACAAAAAUGGUUCCAAAACGUAGCAUCAUUCAAAAAGACAAAGAUUUCACCGAUGUCACCCACCAUUCUGUGGAUGAUGUCAAAGGGAGUACAGAGAGAGGUCCUCCGAUGAACAAAACCAUUCCUGUGAAGAAUUUGCACCGAAUUAUAUCAAAGAUGUCCCUGAAAGAGAACGCGGGAUUCAAACAUGAAUAUCAUGAAAUUCCAAUAGGUGAACUUCACCCAUGUGAAGAAGCCAUUAAGGCCGAAAACAAACCAAAAAACAGAUACAAAACUACGUUUCCUUAUGACCACUCUCGAGUUAUUUUGAAGACCUCGUCCAUAAGCGACGGGGGUUACAUCAAUGCCAAUCACAUCGAGGAUGCAGAGGGACAACAAACAUAUAUUGCGACUCAAGGCCCCAAACCUAAUACAAUAGGUGAUUUUUGGAGAAUGAUAUGGCAGGAGAAGAUGUUCCUCAUUGUUUGUUUGACCAAUCUAAAGGAAGGUGAUAAGAACAAAUGUGCACAGUACUGGCCAGAUGUUAAUGAUACGAUGAAGAAAGGAGACUUUAAUAUCAAGAACGUGGGAAAUAAGAUAUACGCCAAUUAUAUUGUAAGGCAGUUCAAAGUCCUCAAUAGCAAGGAGAGGAAAGACUGCGAGGUAGUAAUGUUUCAUUACACAAAAUGGCCAGAUCAUGGAGUACCCGAUCCACUGAGUCUUGUUGUAUUUCAUCGUCACGUGAUGAAAACAUCUUUACAGUACUCCAGGAUAUGCAUGGUCGUACACUGCAGCGCAGGCAUUGGUAGAACGGGGACAUAUAUUGCUCUGGAUGCCCUCUAUCGGGAAGGUAGUAAGAAGGGUAAAUUAAAUGUGCCUAUGUACGUCAGGAUCAUGAGGAAAGACAGAAUGAACAUGAUUCAGGGCGAAGACCAGUAUAAAACAGUGUAUCUUGCGCUAUUAGAAUCAUUCUGUGGAAAAUCGAGAUGCUUCACGACCACCAGGUUUGUACAAGAAAUCCAAGGGCAGUCUUGUGGAGAUGUUACCAUGAAGUCGUUACUGCUUUCAGAUUUUGAGGAGUUAUUGUCGGUCCGGAAGGAAUACUCUCAGACAGAUUAUGAAUCUGGACAUACAAAUCUAUCCGCUAACUACAAUGAAAGUGUUCUACCAGUUGAAGAAUUCAUGUGCCAUCUGUCAUACACAAAGGGUAGAAGUACUUAUUACAAUGCUGUUUUACUUCAGACUUUUACUGCUAACGAUCUUCUCAUUAGCUCUCAGUAUCCACUGCCUGACUACACAGAAGAUUUUCUGAGACUCGUGGAAGAUUUUGAUGCUCAUGUAAUGGUAUUCAUGUGUCCUUUGAAAGACCUUAAAUCUUCACCUCGUUGGUUCCCAUCCAAAACUGACAACAAGACGAUUGGAAACUUUGCAGCGAGACUGAAAACAUCAACUACUUCAGGCAAUGUCUCUACAACAAAGAUAAUCCUAGAAUUCAAAGGAAGUUCUGAGAUACAAAUAACAGUGAUAGAAUGUAACACCUGGAAUGAAACUGAAUCAGUUUUAAACAAGAGAACCUUACUAGACAUGGUUACAGAAGCAAAAAGUGAACAAAUGAAGCAGGAUGGAAGAAUUCUGAUUUUGUCCAGCGACGGAGCCAGGCGUUGUGGACCAUUCUGUGUUGUAUAUAACGCACUGGAACAAAUCGCCAUGGACAAAGAAGUGGACAUCUUCACCAUCACACGUCAGCUUCAAGUUCGCAGAACUGAGUUUCUGUCUUCUUUGGAUGAGUACCAGCUGUGUCAUGAUGUUGUUGCAGAAUACUUGCAAAAUGAAAGUGUGUACGCAAAUUUUUAAGGUGGCAAAUAGAUGGACAAUACAAUAUAUUAUUGCUCAUUUUUCAGAUAAAAGAAUUAUGAAGCUACGCAGUUUCAGCUGUUUAUACCAAGAGAUAGUUCAUAAAAUCCACCUUCUUCGUCUGUAUAGCUUACAGAGGAAAUUGUCAACACAUUGUUUUAGUAAAAUAGUAUUAAUGAUAUUAUGCGUGAUACAUGCACAUAUUCAAGAUUUACUAGACUGUUGUUUAGAGAUAAAAUGCAUCUUCGUCAAGACAACAUAUUCAUGCUUAAAAGAAAACACUAUUUGUUAAUCAAAACUGGAAACUGGUUUCAAUUUACUUUCAAUUUGUAUUUACAACUGAUAAUGACUUUUAAAUGUUUUACGUGAGUUACAUUUGAUUCUGGAUUUUCAUGAUUUAUUUAAGGUGUAGUAAGAAAUAGUUACACUGGUCAACAAUUGAAAUUUGUUAGUAGAACAAAAAUCUCAAAAACAUAGCAUUCCUGUUGCAAUCUCCUCAUUGGGUUUGAUUUUACAUGUCAAAUUUAAUUCCUUUUGGGAAUGUUUACAUGUUAUUAAUCGAUGUUUGAUAGGAAAAAUCUAAGAUUUGUAUUUUCCAAAAUGGAUUAGAUGCCUAGUCACCUAUUAUUCUAUAUUUUGGAAGGAAAUAUGAUUGGACGCAAUGUUUCCCCACAUUUUUUUCUUAAUAAAUUAUACUUAGAUAUGGCGUAAAGAUGUUUUUCAUAUAUCGAUGUGUAUAAAUGAUGUUGAAUCGAAAAUGUUAAAUUGAUCAUGACUGUGUUUUCUUAACCCUUUUCAAUGUAAACGUUAACAAUUCUGAGAAGGAUUACAUGAGCUGAUCUAGAAUAUUUUUCAAUGAGGGGAUAGUGACAGAGAAGCAUACCCCUUCCAAAAACUAACGCGUACCAAUGUUUUGUCCGUUUAACGUGUCCAAAAUGGGUUUUGCAGCCUCUACAGUCAUUCCAGAUCCGAUGUACAUAUUAAUCACUGCAUAGCAUGCAUUUUGUUUGUAUCUUUAAUUCUAAAUAAAAUAUGACAUUUAUCACCAUUGCAUUACUGAUAAUAGUAAAAAAAUAUCCCCAAUCUAAUUUCACAUCGGGUCGCUGCCUGUAUCCCCUUAGGAUCUUGUACUGGAGAUGGGAUAAUAAUUAGAUAGUGAAAUAAAUCCUGUGAAAGUGUCUAGACAAUUUGUUAUUAUUUUGUGCAUUAUGUUUUUUUUAAUGAGGACUGAUGGUGCUUGUCUAUUUCUUCUAAGCUAUCUGUUCCCCUUCAGUUUAUAUGAAAAUCCACUACAAUUUUGACAUUUGAUUGGCACAUCCAGUGGUCCAUGUUUCCUUUACUCUCUAUUUUACAUUGCUUAUAUGAGUUAUAUGACUUAUGAAUUUGAUCGUUAUCUUCGCCUUUCAUUAAUGACUUGAGGAAGCAUGCAUGACAUUCAUUUUCCCCAAAUAUCAAUAUAUUGAACUGGAACUUUGAUUGUCAAAACUAAUCAUUGUAUCCGUGCAAAAUUCGUAAGUGUCAAUGUUCAAUGAAUCUAUGUUCCCAAAUAAAAUGCAAUGAACUCACUUGAUGUUUUUUAAAGUCAU